UUUCAACAACCAGGCGGCCUGAGAGGCGGAGCCGCCAGAGCGUGCAAACUUAACGGGUUUUGGCACCGGCGAGAGCCUUACAUUUGCGAGACUGACUGACUGAGGGAAGAGGAGGUGCGGAUCGUCUUCAACGGCUGGAAUGGGACAUCCGCGCCCUACCAGUGAGAGCAGCAGCAGCGGGGAGGAAGACGGGGAUGCCGAGUGGAAAGCCGCCAUUGAGUCAAUCGCCGCGACCACCACUUUCGGCUCUUCCAAUACAACAACGACGAAGCGUGAGACUGUCGAAGCUGACAGAGAGCAUCCAAGCGAUGUCCGGAAACUCAAGCACUACCAGCUCAAGGCACAGAAGAUGUUGGAUGAUAUCUUAGAAAAGACAUUAGAGGUUGCGAACGAUCCCAUUCAUGUACCAGAUAGUGAGACCAUGAUGAAUGAUGGUGGAGUACGGUUAUUCAAGCAUUCUUCCCCCGGGAUAGUAUUCGAUCAUAUAGAUGAAUUUCAACGACCAACAAAAAGACCAAGAAUCCUUCCAGGACUAGUGAUUGAGGAAAAAUCGAAGAAGUUCAAGCAGCUACUCCAGUCUAUAGUGGUUGAUGGAGCAGACAUAAUAGCUGCAGCUAGAGUUGCAUCCCAGAAAUCAUUAAAUAGGCUAGAAGCUAAAGACGCAGCGGCAAAAGAAAAGACGAAAAGAGAGGAGGAAAGGGUUGCAGAACUGAAAACGAUCAGGGGUGAGAAAUGGCUACCUUCUAUGGCCCGGGAAAUGCAGAGAAAUUCAGUGCCAAGGUCAAAAUACUUCAGUUGAAAACAAAGCCGUUCAUUCCUUGCAUGCCUGCGUAAGUGUGAUCUAUCCAAUGUUCGAUAAUUCACAUCUUUGUUUGCUUCUUCACUCUUACUGAAAUUUUCACAAGUAGAAAUUGAACAGACACCUGUUAGCAAGGUAGGAGAGUUCCAGUAGCCAAUUGAAAUGAAUGCCCUUCCGCCACAGUAAUUGAGAAAUCCUGAUGUCUUCAUAAUGCUCAGGCUGUUACUUCUACAAUCCAUUCCUUGCCAUCCUUUCCGUCCGAAGGCGGCGACUGGCGGAUAUCACAUUUAGAGCAUGAUAUGGAUUAUACUUUGGCUUGGCAAAUAUAUCAAUGAAGUUUACAAAAAGCUGUUCUUUUAUGUAUACAUGCAUGCCCCUUAUCACAUUUAUCAUAAAUGAUAAAAUCUGAUUUUUCCCUCUCAGA